GUUUUUAAAACUUUUUAUUUAUUUAUUUUGGUUUUGUGUUAAAGUCAAAACUAUGGUUGGGUCUUCGCUUGAUGCGAGGCGUAGGUCAUGCGGCCUCGUGGACAAUAAUGUUUCACAAUGUCCACUUAUUACAAAUUCAUUCUCUCUCUCUCUCUCUCUUCCGUAGACAAAUUUAUAGUAACUUAAAAAAAUUUGUCAUAAAAGUUCGAUAGAAAAAUCCAACAAGGAAGAGAAUUAGAGUAAGAAGAAAAAAAUAAGGCAUUUUGAUUUGUAGAUUUUUUAAAUUAAUAUUUACAUCUUUCAAUUAGUAUUUUCUUGCUGUCUCGUGAAUGAAACUAUUAAAGUAUAAAAUCAAGAAAAGCUCCUGCUGAGUACUACUGGAAACAAAACAAAAAAAAAGCAGAGAAAAAAAAGAGAAGACGACUUUAUCUUUUUUCUGGUUUUUGUUGUUCUUCUUUGACUUUAUGGGGUUCUUUUGUUUUUAGAUUUAAGGAGCUCUUAUAGAUCUGCUUAAAUCUCUGUGAUCUUGUCUUUAAUUCUUCUGUUUAUCCGUAAUUUCCGGAGGAUUCUUGAGUUUUUUUUUUGUAAGCAGAAGACCCCUCAGAUUCUGUACGUUUUGUUGCUUUUUUGCUGAGCUUCUGGAUUUGGUCGGAAACAGGAAGCCUUAAGUUAAAAAAAAGAGAAGAUUCUGGGGGUUUCAUCAGCUUGUCUGAAAGUGAGUGGAGUCCUCUCCUAUCCCAGUGUGUAGGUCUUUAUAGGAAUUGGGCAUUUCUGGUUUGUUCUUGUUAUUGAGAAGAAGAAUCCUUUUGAAGAAAAAGAAAGAGAAAUGUCGUUUAGGAGCAUUCUUCAAGAUUUGAGAGAUGGGUUUGGGAGCUUGUCAAGGAGGAGUUUUGAUUUCAGGCUCUCUAGUCUUCAUAAUGGGAAAUCUCAGGGCUCUUCUUUCCGUGAGUUUUCGUCUUCUCGUGAUCUCUUGUCGCCUGUGAUAGUUCAGACAAGCAGAUGGGCUAAUCUUCCUCCAGAGCUACUCUUUGAUGUGAUCAAAAGAUUAGAGGAGAGUGAGAGUAAUUGGCCUGCAAGAAAACAUGUCGUGGCUUGUGCUUCGGUUUGUCGGUCUUGGAGAGCUAUGUGCCAAGAGAUUGUUUUAUGUCCUGAAAUCUGUGGGAAGCUCACUUUCCCAGUUUCCCUCAAACAGCCAGGGCCGCGUGAUGCAAUGAUUCAGUGUUUCAUUAAAAGGGAUAAAUCAAAGCUAACAUUUCAUCUUUUUCUUUGUUUAAGUCCUGCUCUACUAGUGGAGAAUGGGAAGUUUCUUCUUUCGGCUAAAAGAACUCGUAGAACUACUCGGACCGAGUACAUUAUCUCCAUGGAUGCUGAUAACAUUUCAAGAUCCAGCAACUCCUACCUAGGAAAACUCAGAUCAAACUUUCUUGGGACAAAGUUCUUGGUGUACGAUACACAACCACCACCAAACACAUCUUCAAGUGCGUUAAUCACUGAUAGAACAAGCCGGAGCAGAUUCCACUCCAGAAGAGUAUCUCCUAAAGUCCCAUCCGGAAGCUACAACAUUGCUCAAAUCACCUACGAGCUCAACGUGUUAGGCACACGCGGGCCACGGAGAAUGCACUGCAUCAUGAACUCCAUCCCAAUUUCAUCGCUCGAACCAGGCGGUUCGGUUCCUAACCAACCAGAUAAACUCAUCCCAGCUCCAUACUCUCUCGACGACUCAUUCCGCAGUAACAUCUCGUUCUCCAAAUCAUCACUGGACCACCGCUCCCUCGAUUUCAACAGUUCAAGAUUCUCGGAAAUAGGAAUAUCCUGCGACGACAACAACGAAGAAGAAGCGAGUUUCAGACCGUUGGUAUUAAAGAACAAGCAGCCGAGGUGGCACGAGCAGUUGCAAUGCUGGUGUUUGAAUUUCCGGGGACGAGUGACAGUUGCAUCGGUUAAGAAUUUCCAGCUUGUAGCAGCAAGACAGCCGCAGCAGCCUCAAGGAACAGGCGGAGCAGCAGCAGCGGCUGCACAGCCUCACCCGGAGCAAGACAAGGUGAUUCUCCAGUUUGGUAAAGUGGGUAAAGAUAUGUUCACUAUGGAUUAUAGGUAUCCGUUAUCUGCGUUUCAGGCGUUUGCGAUUUGCUUAAGCAGCUUUGACACCAAGCUCGCUUGUGAAUAGAAGGAAACCACUCAUCAUCAUUCAUGCUAAUCCCUUGUCUCUCUUUUAUCUUAUAUGCUUUUUGGUUUUUUUUUUUGGGCAAAUCAAAAUGUCUCCAAUACUCAGUUACUACUAGUGUGAGAGUCAGACGUCUACUCUUAACCCUCUUCUCUAUUCUAAAUCAGUUGAACAUUUUAAUGA